UUCUCACUAGAAGAAUUUUCAAAUUUUUCCUUGCGAUUUAGCGCGAUCUUUUUGAAAGUAGUCAGCCGUUAGUUGUCGGACCGAUCAGUCUUUACUAGAUAAAAAGUCUGACCGACUUGCGCGUUUUUGUUCCUUCUACUUUUUAUCUUUCCUUGAGCUUCUUAAACACAAACCACCAUGGCUGAUGAUGAGAAAAAGCGUCUCGAGGAGGCAAAGAAGGCUAAACAAGCCGAAAUCGAACGCAAGCGUGCUGAGGUGCGCAAGCGUAUGGAGGAAGCCUCCAAGGCUAAGAAGGCCAAGAAAGGUUUCAUGACCCCCGAAAGAAAGAAGAAACUCAGGUUGUUGCUGCGUAAGAAAGCCGCUGAAGAGUUGAAGAAAGAACAAGAGCGCAAAGCAGCUGAACGUAGACGCAUCAUUGAAGAACGAUGCGGUAGCCCCAAGGAUAUUGGCAGUGCUAGUGAAGCGGAACUACAAACAGUAUGUAAACAGUAUUGGCAAAGGAUGUAUAAUUUGGAGGGUGACAAAUAUGAUUUAGAGCGAGCUUACAGAAUAAAACAACUCGAGAUCAACGACCUCAACGCACAAGUCAACGAUCUUCGCGGCAAAUUCGUUAAGCCAACAUUGAAGAAGGUAUCCAAGUACGAAAACAAGUUCGCCAAGCUUCAAAAGAAGGCUGCCGAAUUCAACUUCCGUAACCAAUUGAAGGUUGUCAAAAAGAAGGAAUUCACCCUGGAAGAAGAAGAGAAGGAGAGAAAAUUAAAAGAAAUAGAAAAACAAAAAAGCGACGCUAAAGUUGAAAUAAAACCAUCUGCCGUGAAAGCAGCAGCCGCAGCUGCCGCGGCGGCCGCAGCAGAAGCAGCAAAACCAAAAUAAGAAACCCGACUGGUCCAAGGGCAAACCCGGUGAUGCCAAGGAAGCGGCUCCCGAAACACCAGCAUAAACAUCGCAUCGAACAGCAUGCCCAAUCUGUGCUAAGCUUUUACGAUCAUUAUGCGAUAUUCUUUAUAAAUCUUUUAUUUUUCGUGUAAAUCAUGUAAGAAGGAGAGAACAAAUAUAUUCCCAAUGUCAUAUCUGUUUCAAUAUUUUAAAAUGGAUUAAAAAAUGGAAAUAUACAAUAAA